UCUCGUAUACUGCACUACUGUACUAUGAUGUUUCAUAUUUAAUAUGAUUAGAAAAGCAUAGAUUUAAUGUAGGUAGCACGCUUAUUCUAAAUAAUUUAGAAAACAUUUUUCUAUCAAUAUUUUAUAUUUUUUUUAUAUAUACCAAUUCUAGGUAAGGAAGUCAUUCUUCAGUUAUUUUUCAUGAUGGUAUUUAUGCUUCUGACUGUUUUCUCUUUGGACAGACAACAGAUGCUUGUUGGUCUCUCACUGACAAUGAAGUGGACUUUAAUCCUCCUCCUUGGUAGCUCCAUGGUUGAGACUGCCUUGAGCUGGACGUAUCAUUACUCAGACAAGACCAUGAACUGGACUCAAGCUCGGCAGUGGUGCCAGACCACUUACACAGACAUGGUGGUCCUCCAAAACCAGGAAGAGAAUGACUAUCUGGUCUCAAAGCUCCCAAAAAAACGUAAAGGUCCAUAUUAUUGGAUUGGAAUCACUAAAAACCACAAGAAUGAAACUUGGACCUGGGUUGGGAAUAACAGCACGUGGAUUGGAGAGCAGUCGUGGGCAGAAAACGAGCCCAACAAUGACCACAGCACAGAGUUUUGUGUGGAGAUGUACCUGAACACAGGAAAAAACCGAGGGAAGUGGAAUGAUCAGAAAUGCGACAAAGCAAAUCAUCCUGUUUGUUAUAAAGCCCAGUGUAAUGCAACCUCAUGUGAGAGAGGAAGAUGCCUGGAGACCGUGGAAAACACAACCUGUCUCUGUGAAUCUGGCUUUAAAGGAGACAGGUGCCAAACAGCUGUGGAAUGCCCCCCUCUGUCUCAGCCUGAUAACGGGUACCUUAGCUGUUCAGGAGGAAACCUCACAUUCAACUCAACCUGUCGAUUUAAAUGCUACUCAGGAUUCCUGAUGAUAGGCUCGCCCUCUGUUACCUGUGGGGUCACCGGGGUCUGGAGCGGCCCAAGGCCUGCAUGUGCAAGCUAUAAAAGGGCUCUGAUGAUUGUGGCUGGGUGUGGAGCCUUCUCUGCCCUCUGCUGUAUCUGUUUCUGCUGGAUGAAACGUAGAAAAAGAAAGAAACUUGCCCAAGUAAGGCAGUCUGAAGAAGCCACAAGCCCACCCAGUGAGGCAUAAAGAUGAAGGAUGACUGGAACUUCCUCUAUGUAGACCUAUAAUGACCCGAGUGCAGUUGCUUGUUUUAAUUUUAGUGUGUUGUUAUAAAUAAAUCCAAAUAGUCACAAACUGUAGGUUGUAUCAGUUAUAGCUCGACAUUUUGUCUGCAUGUUAAAGCUUAACUUAGGUAAACUGCAUGGAUAUAAACUGUGUGUGUGUGUGCAUGUGAUGGUUUAAUAUCAGGUCAAGCAUGAAGUAUGUAAACUCAGAACAUUCAUUUGAUAACAUUAGAGGUGCAUUUUUUGUGAUAUCUUUGUGAAAGAUAAAUUUAAUUAAAUAAAACACAUUUUAA